AUGGCCACUAAUCUGAUUAUGAUUAUGAUUUCCUGUUUCAGUAUCACUCUUUUGCUCUUCUUAUUAUGGGCUUUUAUGGAGUUCUUAAACAAGGUAUGGUGGAAACCUUAUAGAAUCAGGAAGAUGUUGAAUUCUCAGGGGAUCAAUGGCCCUUCUUACAAGUUCCCCUACGGAAAUACUACAGAAAUUACUGAGAUGAGAAGCCAAACCAUGGCCAAACCCAUGGAUCUUUCUCAUGACAUUUUCCCAAGGAUUCAACCUCAUGUUCAAUCUUACUCCAAAAUCUAUGGUAGGAAGAACUAUAUAAAUUGGCAUGGUUCACAAGCCCAAUUGUUUUUAACAGAUGCAGAGCUGAUAAAAGAAGUGCUUACCAACAAGGAAGGUGCAUAUCCAAAAAUGGAAGUGGAGGGCUCUGCUAAGAAACUUCUUGGUGAAGCACUUAUCACAAAUGAGGGCGAAAAAUGGGCUAAAGUAAGGAAAUUGGCUAAUCAUACAUUUCAUGCUGAGAGCUUGAAAGCCAUGGUUCCGGCGAUGUGUGCAAGUGUUGAGGCAAUGCUGGAGAAAUGGAAACACUGUGAAGGGAAAGAGAUUGAUGUGUUCAAAGAAUUCGGGUUAUUAACUACAGAAGUGAUUUCCAGGACAGCUUUUGGUAGCAGUUAUGAAGAAGGAAAGAGCACAUUUGAGAUGGUGGCAAAGCUGACUGCCAUAACUGUGAGGAAUGUCUACACUGUUAGAAUUCCAGGAAUCAGUACACUUAUGAAAUCUAGUGAUGAGAUUGAAGCAGAGAAGCUGGUGCAGAGGAUCAAAAGCUCGAUUAUGGAGCUUGUGAGGAAAAGGGAAAAGGAAAAACAAGGGGAAACUGAGAAUUUUGGGUCAGAUUAUCUGGGGCAACUGAUGAAUAUCACUCGUGGAUCAGAUGUAAACAAGACUAUCACAAUGGAUCAAAUGAUUGACGAGAUCAAAGCGUUGUAUGGCGCAGGACAUCUGACCACGAAAAACAUGCUUGCCUGGAUCCUUAACAAAGUAUGGUUAAGACCAAUUUAUGUUCAAUACUGUAUGAGAUCCCAAGGAAUCAAAGGUCCUUCAUACCAAUUCCUCCAUGGGAACACCAAAGACAUUUCAAUGAUGAGAAGAACUUCUUCCAACAAAGCCAUGGAGGCUUUUUCACAUGACAUAUUUCCCAGAAUUCUUCCAGAUGUUUAUCAAUGGAAAAACCUCUAUGGGCCAACUUACUUAAAUUGGCAUGGAACUCAGGCUCAGCUGGUUGUAACAGAACCUGAUCUUGUUAAAGAGAUACUAAACAAUAAGAAUGGUGAAUACCCGAAAAUCGACCUUGAAGGAUAUGCUAAACUGCUUCUAGGAGAUGGGCUUUCGUCGUCAAAAGGUGAAAAGUGGGCAAGGAUGAGGAAGCUAGCCAACCAAGUUUUCCAUGCUGAAAGCCUUAAAAGUAUGGUGCCGGCAAUGAUUGCGAGUACAGAAAUUAUGUUGUCAAGAUGGAAGGACAAUGAGGGGCAAGAGCUUGAGGUGUUUAAUGAGUUCAGGAUGCUAACUUCAGAAGUGAUUUCCAGGACUGCCUUUGGGAGCAGUUACAUGGAAGGCAAGAACAUAUUUGACAUGCUGAUGAAAUUGACUUUAAUUGUCUCCAGAAAUGCACACAAAAUUAAGUAUCCUGGAAUCAGCUGGUUACUGAAAAGCUCUGAUGAUGUUGAAGCCGAGAAACUUGAGCGAGGAAUAAAGAAUAGCAUAAGGAACAUCAUCCAGAAGAAAGAACAGGAGAAAGAAGAAACCUCAAAUGAGCUGAAGGAGAAGGAAGAGGGAAUAGGAGCAGGGUUUGCUGUUGCGGCAAUUGCUAGUAUUGCUCUUCUGGGUUGGCUUCUCGGAGGUUCGGAAUCAGGAAACAGCCGGAGGAAAACCAUGAAAGCACCAGGACAGGAAUACUCCAUUUUCAGGGACGACUUUGAGAAAGACCCUGCUUCCUGGUUCCGUGAUCAUCGUCGCAAGUGA